CUUCUAGGAACCCUGAAGUGGCUUCUGCGUGCCCUGCAACCUUCCGUCCCCCUGGCCGAUCUCCAGCAACACCGAAAGUUUCUCAGAGGUGUAAAUAGCACGACUAGAACGAGACACACACGAGCUUGGGCUAACUUCUCGGAGAAAGGAAUCCGCUACUCUGGCCUUCCUCAAAUCUUGCAGAUGUUUGGGGAUGGUGCUGGCCAGCACAUCUGGGCGGUGUUAGGACAGGGAAGGCAGGUCUCUGCAGAUGAUCCAUGCUGCCUGCCCAAUAUUGUGUUGGUGUUUUUUUUUCCCCCCGUUCUCCUCCUCCUUGCAGUUCCGAUACUUAAUUUUUCGAGCCGGAAGGCUUAAGAUUUCAAGCCAGUAUUAUUUCCUCCAUUCGACCUGAAUUGAGUAGGGGGUGGGUGGUUAGAAAGGGACGGCCAAGUUCUCCAGCCUACAAUUUUCUCUCCUUUUCUUUGAAGAUGCUCUGCAGGUGUUACGGAAACAUCUGUGCAGCCCCAGCUGGGAAGUACGCGAUUCCUCCUUGGAGUUUCUCAGCCUGGCGAUGAAGCGUGUGUGCCGGGGGCGCUCGCUUGCUGGAAAUCUUGUCUUCGGACUCCGAAGGUUUUCCUCGCCGAGCUGCCGUCGGGGUCUUCAUUGACUGGCUGAAGGAAGGGCACCCCGAGGCCUCGCCGGACCCGGCCGAGUUCGUUUCCCGAGCUCUUCAAGCUGCGGAUGGAGACUUAGACUGGGAAGUCAAAAUCCGCGCUCUGGAACUGGCGGGAGUUUUCAUCGGCCAGACGUUUGACGGGCUCGGACUCGGGGAGGGCUCCGCUUCGGCCGGUUCGUCGCUUGCCAAGACGCCGGCGCCUCUCGCCGACGCGCUGCGGCUCUUCUGCCAAAUGGAACUGUUUGGCUUCCUUUUCAGAGGCCUCCAGGACUGCGACAGGCCGGUGGCGCUCAAAGCCUGCGAGGUUCUUUUGGCCCUGAAAUCCGUUCUUUGCAAACACCGGUCGAAAUCGUCACCGGCAGGAGAUGCUGCUGGGCUUAAGGACAUCCCUAUGGAGACUCCUCCUCCUCCUCCUCCUCUGAGCCUUCCUGCUGGGGAGGCCGCUGAAAAGGAUUGCCAGGAUCCGGAAAGGCUGCUGCUGAUCCUAGAGUCCACGGACCUGGAGGGUUUGCGAAAGGCUCUGGAUGUGAGCAGCGAUCACUUGGAGAGGAAUCCGGAGUCUCUCCUGCAGGAUAUCCUGGCUGCCGCAGGGAACGCGGAGGAAAACAAAGUGGAUUGCUAUUGAAGUGGUCGGCUGGAGCUUGGAAAAGGAGCCACUGUAUUAAGCCAAUGACUGCCAGCAUGCUGCCUUUUCCAGGUGCCUCCAGAAAGUGGGCCAGGUAGAGUGAAUUAAAACUGAAACUCGCACACAGGGAGAAUAAACACCAAAGAAAAACUAACAGGCAUUUUGUACCAGGAGGGAAAACUCACACAAGAUUUAGGUUGAAUGCAAAAGGUAAACAUCAAUAAAAUAAAUACCCGAUACUCCUUC